AUGGAGACGUCGAGCACGACCGUGCGGCUGGCGUCGCCGGUCACGUCGACGCUCGUCGCGCACGCGAUGAAGGAGGUCGUCAAGUUUCUGUUCUUCGUGCGGCAGCAGACGCCGUCGUCGUACGACGAGCUCCGGACGUGGUUGCUGGCGCGUCCUCGAUCCCAACACGACGACGCGGUCGGCCCUGAGGCCAUCGGCGCGCGUUCGACAGACGCGCACGACGACGCCGUCGUCGAAUCCCCCGGCGAGAAACGGAAACGACGCGUCACGUCGAGCGAGCGCGCGGCCGUCAAGUUCCUGAAAGAUUUCGACGCGAUGCUGGCGGCGUUGACGCCGCGAGCGCUCGAAGCGUUCGACGUCACCGAGGUCGCGGUGUUCUUAGGGUCGACGCCGCUCCGCCCGCGGGAGAUACACGCGUUCAAGCUCGAGUCUGUGCGCGGACGGUACGACGCGCCGACGACGCGGACGGACGGCUGGGACAAGGCUCUGAGCAACGCGGGGCGCAAAGCCGUGCGCGAGUGCCUUCCGACGCUCGCCGGGCUGCCCGCGUGCGACGCCGUCACGCGCGCGUUUCUCAUGAUAAGAGGGAAGGCGAUGGACGAGCCGCCGGAGGGGUUUCUCCCGAAGCGAGGGUUCAAGCCGCUGACGCGGUCGACGAAGGUGCGCGCGGAGUUUGACUUUCGUCGCAAGGACGACGACCGCGCCGGCGACGAGGAAGACGGCGACGACGACGACCAGGCGGUGUGGUACCAGCGCGCGGUCGUCGUGAAAGGCUUGCGGACGUGA